GGUGCUGCAGAAGACUAAGCAUUUUGUAAAUUCUAUAGAACGUUUUAUCAUAGUAUCUCAUUAAUGUUGUGACGUGUUAUAUUUUUUUAACUAAAUCUUAAAGAUAUUUUGAUUGUACAAAUUAAUAAAGAACAGCGGACACUUUAGGUAAUUCGAUGCUGGAUAUAUUAUAUGUUGAAGUCGUUCGACUAUUGCUGAAUCUUAUAAGAUGACGAGGUUAGAUAUCAUCAUUAAUCGUUUUUGGAUAUAUGCAGCAACUAUUGUGUAGUAUUCAACUAUCAUCCCCUGAGUUGAAACUAGAAUAUAAAUAGACAUUACAUUGAUACUUUAGAAGAAUAAAAUGAUGCAAGAUGAGGAUCUUGGGGGUCCAGCUAGACGGAAUAUUUUUAUUCAAACAAUAUCAAAAAUAUCACAGGCACAUCAGCGAUAUUUAGACUUAUGGACUCCACAUGUUAUAUCAAGAUGGCUUUUUGCUUUACUUCUAGUAGCCAUUUUUUUUCUACGUGUGUUCCUUACUCAGGGGUGGUAUAUAGUAACAUAUGCAUUAGGAAUUUAUCACUUGAAUUUAUUCAUAGCAUUCCUUACACCGAAGAUAGAUCCUGCAAUGGAUUUGGAUGACAUUGAAGGCCCAGAAUUACCUACAAGGGCCAAUGAAGAAUUCAGGCCAUUUAUAAGGAGAUUGCCUGAAUUUAAAUUUUGGUACUCCGUGACAAAAUCAACAAUUGUUGCUAUGAUAUGCACUUUCUUUGAUUUCUUUAAUAUACCUGUAUUUUGGCCAAUAUUAGUUAUGUAUUUCAUAACAUUAUUCUGCAUUACAAUGAAGCGUCAAAUUAAGCAUAUGAUCAAGUACAGAUAUUUGCCUUUUACUCAUGGAAAACCAAAGUAUCAGAAUCAUGAGAACACUUCAAGAUUAAUACCAACGAACUGAAUAGUUGGAUAAAAAUGCUUGUUCAUACAAGUGCAUAAAUAAAGAUUUCAAUUUUCCAAGCAUCAUCGGAUGAAGAAACAAGUGAAAUUUUACUAUGAAACAUUUUUUUUAUGAUGCUACGUAUGAAUAAGUUCAUUUCCUUCUAUUAGGAAAAGAUUAUUCUAUACAAGCAUUAUUCCAAAAUAUCAUGUUAUGCAGUAUAUAAACUGAAUCACAUCGUAAUAUAUGUGUAUUAUAAAACUUGUACAAAGUAUUGUUAGGUCUUACGUAAAUGUGGACAUGAUAACAAUAUGAACAAUUAUGCAGUUGUUAAUAUAAUAUUAAAUUAUCACUGAAUGUAAAAAAUUAA